AUGGAAAACAUAGAAAAGGUUGAUACGAGAGAUCUCGUGGGCACUCGCCCUGGAAACCUAACCACAUCUCGCAUAUUAUCACGCGAAACCACAAAUUCCGAGUAUGGGGACCUGGGGCCUCCUUCAGAUGAUGAGUCUGCCAAAGAGAACCCGCGCAGACGGCGGAAUUCUCUAGCGAAUAGCACCUCUCUGGGUCUUCACCGUACAGUCACACGAAGAGAAACCGCUCUAUCCCGCAUACGAUCGAGAGCACCAAUUGGAAAUUUCGCUCACCCCUUACAACAUGAGAAAACUAGCUUGGACGAGCUGGUUGACUUUGAUGGACCCGAUGAUCCGUAUCGGCCAUCGAAUUGGUCGGUGAAGAAGAAGAUUAUCACAACUGCACUGUACGGCUUUACCACCAUGUCUGCCAGCUGGGCAAGCAGUGCCUACAGCCCUGGAACCCAACAAGUUGCAGAAGAAUUUCAUGUUGGGACUCAGGUGGCGACAUUGGGAACUACCCUGUUCCUGUUCGGAUUCGGUCUUGGGCCUUUACUUUGGGCACCAAUCUCCGAAGUCUUUGGAAGGAAGAAUGCGGUUCUUCCCCCAAUGUUUGCGGCAGCCUGUUUCGCCUUCGCGACUGCCGUAUCCAAGGACAUUCAAUCUGUUAUGAUUACCCGAUUCUGGGCUGGGUUCUUUGCAUCCUCGCCGGUUACGAAUACAGGUGGCGUUGUAGCAGAUCUGUUCUCGUCCUCUCAGCGUGGAAUCGCCAUAGCAAGUUAUGCUAUGGCAGUUGUCCUUGGCCCGGUCUUUGGGCCCAUCGUUGGGGCCGCACUAGUGGUGCAACCGAGUCUUCGCUGGCGCUGGACAGAAUAUCUGACUGGCAUCCUCCAGCUCGCCAUUCUGGUGCUGGAUGUGAUCUUCUUGGAUGAAUCAUACCCUCCGCGCCUUUUGGUAUACAAAGCCCGACGUCUCCGCCACCAGAGUGGCAACUGGGCACUCCAUGCCAAGUUCGAAGAAUGGGAUGUAUCAAUCCAAGAACUGGCCAGGAAAUUUUUGGUACGGCCUUUCCAGUUGUUGACGACACCCAUUUGCGCACUUGUCGCCCUAUAUGCGAGCUUCUGUUACGGGAUCUUGUACAUGCAGCUUGGUGCGAUCCCAAUCAUUUUUGCUGAACAUCGUGGCUGGAAGCAAAUUCCUUCCGAACUUCCAUUCCUAGCUAUCCUUGUCGGAACCGUAAUAGGAGCAGCCAUUAACGUCUGGAAUCAAUUUCGGUAUAACAAGAUCGCACAUAAAUUGGAGAAGAGUGUUGUCCCCGAAGCCCGCCUACCACCUAUGGCGUUUGGCUCCGUACUAUUCUCUGCUGGGAUGUUUACGACCGGGUGGACGGCAGAUCCAAGAUACCCUUGGAUUGCUCCAGUUAUCGGUCUUGGCAUGACUGGUAUUGGAUUCUUUACAAUAUUUCAAGCUGCACUGAAUUAUCUUGUUGACACGUUUCAGAAAUAUGCUGCCAGUGCUGUCGCGGCAAACACCUUCCUUCGCAGUUGCUUCGCGGGAGCCUUUCCGCUCAUUGUGGGACCCUUGUAUCAUAAUGUCGGUAUACCUUGGGGAUCGAGCAUCUUUGGAUUUUUCUCCAUGGCUUUGAUUCCUGUGCCCUUCUUCUUCAUGGCAUAUGGCGAAAGGAUAAGGGCAAGGAGCGAAUGGAGCAGAUUUUAG